AUGGGGAAUCAUCAAGCACAUCAAUUAGAAGAAGAUUUGUCGUUAAAUGAUUAUCGAUAUUUAAUGAAACAAACACAUUUAACACCACACGUGAUUCAAGGUUGGUAUCGAGAAUUUCUCAGUAUAUGUCCCACUGGUCAGUUGAAUAAACAGCAAUUUAUCAAGUUCUACAAUCAAUUAGAGAAUUCAUCGACGAAAAAUGUCGAGAAAAUCGCCGAAGAUGUUUUUCAAGCGUUCGAUCGAAAUGGAAACAAUCGAAUUGAUUUCAAUGAAUUUCUCAUUGCCUAUGCAUUAACAUCAAUCGGUGAUCCAGUAGAGAAACUAAGCUAUGCAUUUUCAUUAUUUGACAAAGAUCAUUCGGACACCAUCGAGCCCAACGAAAUGAUUGAUUUACUCGACAAACUCUGUUCGAUAACCGGUCGGAGGACGCGCAAUCAAUCCACAGCAACUCUUGCUUGUGAUAUCUUUCACGCAUUGGAUAUCGAUCACAAUCAAAAACUUACAAGAGAUGAAUUUAUAAAUGGUUGUCUUAAAAAUGAUUUUAUUCGUUGUAUGCUUUCACCGUUCGAGAGAAUUUAG